AUGAAAUUCAAGCCUCCGAAACUUCCUAUUACCCUCAAAGUUUCUUGUGAUUUGGGACUUCUUGUACAGAUAAAACGGUCUUCUUUCGACAGUUUUCCCACUCUUAGUCCAGCUUUCAUGUUUGCUGUCCCAAUGGGGGCUUCUCAUCUUCCCUCUCAUUCCGCUCCUUUGUCAAAAUCACUGAAACACUCUUCAAACCAUUUGUCCGCCAAGAACAAUAAACCUCAGGGCUAUACUGUACCAAAACCCUACAAAAAUCUCAACUUCAGAUGCACAAAUCCAGAACUUUCGCUUUGUUUCACCAAAUCGGAAGAUGGGUAUUUGUGCUGUGAAGGCCUUAAGGUUCAAGAUGUCAUGAAAACUGUUGAAAGAAGUCCACUUUAUAUGUACAGUAAGUCUCAAAUCACAAGAAAUUUUGAGGUUUAUAGAGAGGCUUUGGAGGGCUUGAAUUCGAUAAUCGGUGGUAACGAGCUUAGAUUGGCCCAUCGUGCCGGGUUCAAUCCCACCAGGUGUAUCUUUAAUGGAAAUGGAAAGACCUUGGAGGAUCUAGUGCUGGCUGCCCAAGAAGGGGUCUUUGUUAAUAUUGAUAGUGAAUUUGAUUUGGAUAAUAUCGUAGCUGCUGCAAGGAUUGCUGGGAAGAAGGUUAAUGCACUUCUUCGUAUCAAUCCAGAUGUGGAUCCUCAGGUAGCCACCGGUAACAAGAACUCCAAAUUUGGUAUCAGAAAUGAGAAGUUGCAAUGGUUUCUAGAUGCUGUGAAGGCAUAUUCUAAUGAAUUGAAGCUUCUGGGGUUCCAUUGUCAUCUUGGUUCUACCAUUACCAAGGUCAGAGAGCUGGUGCUUUCACGUAAUCUCAAUCUCAUCAUAGAACCUGGGAGAUCACGUAUUGCAAAUACUUGCUUCUUAGUUAAUCGUGUCACUGGAGUCAAAACAAAUGGAACAAAAAAUUUCAUUGUGAUCGAUGGCAGCAUGUCAGAACUUAUCCGCCCUAGUCUCGAUGGUGCUUAUCAACACAUAGAGCUGGUUUCUCCUUCACAACCCGAUGAUGUGAUUUCUACUUUUGAUAUUGUGGGUCCAGUCUGCGAGUUGGCAGAUUUCUUGGGAAAGGAUAGGGAACUUCCAACACCUUCAAGGGUUGAAGAAGAUGGAUCAAUCUCAAAAAUCCGCCAUGGGGAAACAUUGGAAGACCAUAUGAGAUUCUUUGAGGGUCUUUAG